AUGGAGAAUGUUACACAACACCAGCCUUCUACAUUAACAUCUGGUGUUGUUGCAACUGAUGUUGCUGCAACUGAAAUUCACGUUGUUGGGCUUCCUCCACUUGGAAAGAAAAGAAAACCAAAUGCUAAUGGUCCUAGGAAAUCGUCUCCUGCAUGGGACCACUUUAUUAAAUUACCUAAUGAAACUGAACCUGUAGCUGCUUGUAAACACUGUCAUAAAAAGUAUUUGUGUGAUCCAAAAUCCCAUGGGACAUCUAACAUGCUUGCUCACACAAAAAUAUGCACCAAGAGGCCACAAAAUGAUCCUACUCAAACUGCCCUUUCCUUUGCUAGUGGAGAGGGUGGUGGCUUGGUUGCUGCAAGUCAACGAUUUAAUCUGGCAGCUUGUAGAAAGGCUAUUGCUCUAUUCGUGAUCCUAGAUGAACAUUCUUUUAGAGUAGUUGAAGGGGAGGGAUUUAAGUUUCUAUGCAAACAAUUACAACCCCAAUUAACUAUUCCAUCGAGGAGGACUGUGGCGAGGGACUUUUUUCAACUUUUUGUUGAUGAAAAAGUAAGAUUGAAAGGUUAUUUCAAAUCUGAUUGCAUUAGGGUAGCCUUAACCACUGAUUGUUGGACAUCCAUUCAGAAUCUUAGCUACAUGACCCUAACUGCACACUUUAUUAACAAUGAUUGGAAGUAUGAAAAUAGAAUUCUAAGUUUUUGUUUAGUUCCUAAUCAUAAGGGUGAGACAAUUGGUAGGCAAGUUGAAGAGAUAUUAAGGGAGUGGGGAAUAAGGAAUGUGUCCACAAUCACAGUGGACAAUGCAACAUCUAAUGAUGUAGCUGUUGCUUAUUUGAAGAAGAGGAUUAAUAAUAUGGGUGGUUUAAUGAGUGAUGGGUCUUUCUUUCAUCUUCGUUGUUGUGCACACAUUCUAAAUCUAGUGGUUCGUGAUGGUUUAAAACAAAAUGAAUUAUCUAUUUGUGCCAUUAGAAAUGCUGUUAGAUUUGUGAGAUCAUCACCCCAAAGAUCAUCAAAGUUCAAAGAAUGUAUUGAGUUUGCUAGAAUUAAUUGUAAGAAACUUUUAUGUCUUGAUGUUCCAAUAAGGUGGAACUCAUGUUAUUUGAUGUUAGAUGCUGCUGAAAAGUAUCAAGCAGCAUUUGAGAAAAUGGAAGGUGAAGAUUUUAGCUAUUUGGAAUUUUUUGGGUUAGUUGGUCCUCCUACUCUUAAUGAUUGGGAUAAUGUUAGGUGUCUUGUAAGUUUUUUCAAAAUUUUCUAUGAAGCUACUAUGGAAUUUUCUUCGUCAAAACAAGUGUCCCUUCAUAAGGCAUUCCACCAACUAGCUUCAAUCCACUGUGAGCUAAAAAGAUCAUGCAUGAACUUGAACACAAUUUUAGCCUCAAUGGGAUAUGAAAUGAAGCAGAAGUAUGACAAAUAUUGGGGAGAAAUUGAAAAUAUCAACAAGUUUAUUUACUUUGGUGUGAUUUUUGACCCUCGAUACAAGUUAGGAUAUGUGGAGUGGUGUUUUAAUGAUAUGUGUUGCACCCAAAUUUGUCCUACCUUUACAUAG